AUGAUUAAAUCAGAAGCUGUUAAUGGAUCAAAUCCGACCCCACCAAUAUUGACAAACAAAUCAACUUCAGCUCAUAUCCCACAACCCAAACAACAAUUAUUAAGACCUCAACAAUUGCAGCAACAACAACAAUUACAAGCACAACAAUUAAAACAAAAAUUAAAUAUCAAGAAUUAUCAUUUUGCCUCGUCUACUGAAGAAAUACUACGUAAAUAUUCAAAAUAUCCAGCUUCUUUAAGUUUACACAUUUACGAAAAUCAUUAUAGGUUUAAUAAUUCACAAGAUUCUCAAAUAAUACCAAAAAAUUCACCUAUGAUUAAAAAUUUCAUGAAUCAUGUUUUGAAAGAAGAAAUACCUGUUGAAAUGAGUGAGUUAUUAAAAGAUUUUGCAAUUAAAUCAUAUGAUGGAUGUUUAAUACUACAAGUUUAUGAUCACAGAAAUAUGAUAAAGACUUUUGCUUAUGUAAAUAGAAAUUUCCCAUCACCGACGAAAGAUCCCAAAAGUUCUGAACCUAUGGUGGUGAUGAAACCAAGAACUUAUAGAACAUUAUUACGACCUACACCAUUAUCAAUCUAUUAUGACUUAUUAUACCAUACAGAUUCUGCAUUGACUAAAUUUACAGACACACUUUCACUACAAAUGGAAUCAGAGAUUUUGACAUUAACGAAUAGAGAAUUAGAUUUAUCGGUUAAAUUGAAUCCUUACGAUUAUGCAUAUUUACGACCAGACACUGAAACUGAAGAAAUUAGAGUAACGAAAGAUGAUCUGGGUGAUGAAGUUGAGAAAGUUGUGUAUCUGCAUAGAGAAGCUGUUGACGCUCCAUCACGUAAGAUACAUCAAGAUGAACUUGUAUUCCAUAAAUCAUCUGAAUACGAAGAAUUAAUGAUUUUAUUGUCAAAUAAAAACAAACGAUUUGAAGAAACCCAAGAUAAGAAGUUAGUGAUAGUGAACUCCAGCACAUUGCCAACUACUUCUACUGCCCAAUCAGUUCCUGUAUCAAAACCAACUAGUAAAGAAAAUUCAGUUGGUGCAGAUGGUAAAUCUAAAAAGAAUGAUAAAACAACUACUCAAAAUAUUCCACCUCCUGUUACGAUAUCCACAAACCCAGUUAGAGCCACUGGUCAAUUCAUGAGAUUAAGAUUAAUAGAAGAAAUAAGAAAGAAAAGAGAAUUGGAAAAAAGCCAACAAGAAGCCAAAAUUCAUGCACAAGCUAAUUCAAUUCAAAAUGAUAUGACAUCACAACCCGCUCCUGAACUUCCACCUCAAAAACCAAACAACGUCAAUGGCAACAUAUCAACUCCAGCUCCAAGUAAUAAGAGGCAAAAUUCCGCCUCACAAACUCAACCAAAUAAACGAGGUAAGAAAGAGACUAAAAAAUCAAUUGCAAAUCAAUCUCAAUCACCUCAAUCAGGAAUUCAACAAAUAUCUCAAUUCCCACCUGAAUCUCAAUUACCUUUGAAUAAUGGUGUGAUGUCAUCUACUUCUACUUCACAAAUACCUUCAUCUAAAACUACUCCAAUGAUACCAAAUCCAGGAGUUCCACUACCUCAACAACAAUUAAGAAUGAGUCAAAACAAUACCCCACAACAAAUACCAAUGGGAACUCCAAAUAUGGGUCAAGCUCCAAUACCACAACAACAACAACAACAGCAACCUCAAUCAAUGCAACAAACUCCUAUGGGAAUGCAAACACAACAACAACAUCCCCAACAAAGGCCACAAUCUCAACAACCUCAAUUAACAUUGCAGCAACAACAACAUCAACAAAUUUUCCAAAACUCGUUAACUUUAGAAGAACAACAAAUUUAUAAACAAAUUCAAUCUAAGAUGCAAGCAUUAGCAAUGAUGGGACAAUCUGGAGUUGCUCCUAAUGGUCAACAAUUAUCAGCACAACAUAAACAACAAGCAUUACAACAAGUUAAAGUAUUACAACAACAACUUUUGAACAAAUUUCCAACAUAUUUUCAAAGGUUAAAACAAUUUCAAAUGUUUCAACAAAAACAAAAGCAAUUACAACAACAAAAGCAGCAGCAGCAACAACAACAACAACAACAACAAGGUAUAAAUGGCCAACAACAACAACCGAUGAUGCAAAACGGGAACACGAACGGUCAUAUACCUAUUCCACAACAACAACAGCAAUUACAUCAAAAUCAACAAUUUAAUAAUCAAGUUCCACCAUCAAUUGAUCAAAAUCUACAACAACAACAGCAACAGCAGCAACCACCUCCACAACCACAACCUGAACCAAAAAAGAAAAGAACAUACAAAAAGAAAACAGCUCAAACUUAA